CCUCUCAGUCUCUCACUCCCUCUGCCUGCUCAUUUGCAAUGCAAGGCUCACUUAUCACUGGGUCUCUUAGGCUGGAGAUGUGUGUCUGCGGUGCACAUCACCCAGCUUGCUGCAUGCUGCAGGGAGGAGGCUCUGUCUGAUGCUGCCCUGUGCCCUGUCUCUUCCUGCCCAGCUGAAUAAGGGUGCAAUCCCUGGCACAGUGUCUGGAUGGAACCCCAGCAAGGGCCUGGUAUCUCAGAGCAGAGCAGAGAAGCAAAGUAUGGCUGUCACCCUCCUGCACCAGCUGAGGUGACUGUAGAGGAACCUCAACAAGCUCUGGCAGCUGAAGAGUCAGGGGUACUUGCACCAAGUUCAGGUCUCCUGCAGGUCACAGAGAGAAGACAGCCUCUCAGCAGUGUGUCCUCUCUUGAGGUGCACUUUGACCUCCUGGACCUCACUGAGCUCACAGAUAUGUCUGACCAGGAACUGGCUGAAGUGUUUGCUGACUCAGAUGAUGAAAACCAACAUAAUGAUCCUCCUCCAGGUCUACAGCUCCCCCCUCUCCCUCGAGCAGGAUAUCUUCGAUCACCAUCCUGGACUAGAUCAAGAGCCGAACGAGAGAAGAAACACCUUAGUGACUCAGAGCUCCAGGGAGGACUAUUGGAUACAUUCAUCACUGCUGAAAGAUCCAAAGAAAACUAAACAGCCUUCAACUCUCUCAAAGUGGGCCCACCGAAUGAUCCUGACACAUACUGCGGUACGGACAACAAAAAGUGCCAAAAGCUCAGUUCCUGGAACUGCGCUAACCACAGACAAAGGGAGACUAGAAAGGAGCGAGCUUUCUGCAGGAGAUCCUUGAUGGCCAUGAGAAGAUGAUCUUUGGAGCCAAGGGGCAUCAACAGCACAUAAGAGGAACAAGAGAUAUCUGAAACUAAAUAUAAAUAUAUAGCAAAUGAAAGCAACCUAAAAUUUAAAUAUGAAUUGAAAAUAACCAAAUACUGCCAGCUGUAUAAACCACAUACUACCAACUAAGCUAAAACAGCAGUUCCAGACGGUCAAAGUCUUAAUUUAAUAGAGGUCACAAGUUAACUAGUUGUUGGAGACUUAAAGAAACUGUCCAAGAAAUUGCAACAUUGAAACAAAAGCUGGCGGACUAUAAGUAAAUGAACAUUCAACCAGUAACAACACUUCAUUACAUUCAUUUGAAAACCACAACUAUAACUUUCAUCAGGCUGCUGUUAUUAUGUAUUUGCAUUUGCUGAAAGAUGUCAGGCCUUCCCCUUGAUGAUCAAGGAUCACUCCAAAACUUCCCCAGAGAGUAGUCAGAACAUAUGUGAAGCAAAGAAUACUUAGUGGAAAAUCUAUAUGACAUUCAGUAUGCAGGCCUGGGACUCACACUAACAAGAACUCCUCCGGAAACACAGAAUUCCCUCAGCAGCCUUAACUACAUUUACAUCAUACGCCCUGUCAUAUACAUUUUAGCCAUAUUUGGGCACAAUAGAGCCAUGGCACUGCGGUCUGUUGACUACUUGCAGUUAAUAGAGCAACGGUGUACCUGCACACCUGUACAGACACUCAGGUCACAUGGUCAACUAUUUUGCAGACAAAACCCUAGCGUGGCAAUAUUCCAUAUUCUGUUGAUUGACUGCUUUGUAAGUUUGCUGUAAAAACAUUUCCACAACCACUGAA